AUGGUGGAUCAAACCCGGUCAAUGGAGUCCCGGACAGGGCGAAAAAACCAACGUUACGGAUCGAAAGGCGAAAGGCUCGUGGCCGGCGUGGUCCCGCUAUCAACGGAUAAGACGAAAGUCCUCAUGAUCCAGUCCGCCGGACGAGGCGGCUGGGUGCUUCCCAAAGGAGGGUGGGAAACCGACGAGGAUAGUGCUGAGCUGGCUGCCUGCAGGGAGGCCUGGGAAGAGGCUGGUGUCAUCUGCACGGUGCAGCAGGAUCUGGGCCUGAUUCCGGACAUGCGCCCGUCGACGCUGCUGACGAUGCAUGUCCCCAAGGCUUCGUACCAGUUCUUCGAAGUCACCGUGGAUCGCGAAGAGGAUCAGUGGCCGGAGAUGCACAAGCGAAAACGUCAAUGGGUCGCUUACGCUCAAGCGGCGGCGGCUCUUGCCAGUCUUCUCGACCACUCUAACGCACAUCCUUUCCCUGUCCCGUCUUCUCGAGUAGGCAGCUCGCAGCGCUGCUUCCACGCCGCCAUGGAUUAUGAAAUGGACAUCGAGCCCACAGGGCCCCAAGUGACCGUGCGAGAGGCCGAACCCUACCGCGUCGACUUCAAACUCAGCUCCGUCGACCUCGCCUUCGCCAACUCCGUCCGCCGCGCCAUGCUCGCCGAAAUCCCCACGAUCGCCAUCGACCUCGUCGAGGUCGAAAUGAACACCUCCGUGCUCCCCGACGAGUUCCUCGCCCACCGCCUGGGUCUCAUCCCCCUCAACUCCAAGAACUGCGACCAAGACGUCGAGUACACACGCGACUGCGAAUGCGAGGACCGCUGCUCGCGCUGCAGCGUCACCCUGUCCCUGCAUGCGCGCUGCACCGGCGACGAGGUCAUGUCCGUGCAUGCGCGCGACCUGGUCGUCAGCGGCGAGCGGGCCAACGAAUGGGUCGGCAACCCGGUCAUCACGGACCCUCAGGGCUUGGGUCCCUUGAUCGCUAAAUUGCGCAGCGGUCAGGAACUGAAGAUGACGUGUAUUGCGAAGAAGGGGAUCGCUAAGGAGCAUGCGAAGUGGGCGCCGACGGCGGCGAUCGGGUUCGAGUACGACCCGCAUAACAAUCUGCGACAUGUGGAUUAUUGGUACGAGGAGGAUGCCGCUAAGGAAUGGCCCAUCUCCCAAAACGCUACCUGGGAACAUGCCGCUCCCCCGGACCAACCAUUUGACUACGACGCCGAGCCCAACAACUUCUACUUUGACGUCGAAAGCAUCGGCAACCUGGAGCCGGAUAUGAUCAUCCAGCAAAGCAUCACGGUUUUGCAACGCAAACUCGCCUCGGUCAUCUCCGCCCUCUCCGGCUCCGCGGAAGGUGAUCACGGCGGUAUGAUGGGCGUCGAGGAGGAUGAUAUGAUGGGAGUGCGCAGCCCCGACGCCUACGAACCGCCGGAGGGCAUCGACGGUGGAUUCACGGCCUAUGCCAAUGGUAACGCCUCUGCCUGGGGAGCCAGUGCUGCCACUCCAUACGGCGCGACCCCGUACGGCGGCGGCGGUGGCUAUGGCUUCUAA